UUGCAAGACGUGUCACAAAUUGAGAUUGUCCAUACUGUCCAAAAGAGUUGACUAUCAUCAUGGGUCCUCCACCACUUGUGAUUCGCAACCUCAGCUCUACACCUCUCGAGCUCAAGGUGAUAGAGCGCUUCGAAACCCCGCACAUCGACGAGCCCAAAGGCUUCGCCAACAUCACCCGCAAUGUAACCCACUUCGUUGUCUCAAAUACCACGGGCAAUGUUCCUCCUGAGGGACCGAGUUUUGCACCACUCACUAUCAAUGCACAAAGCUAUGGACAACAAGAUGUGAAUAUUCGUGUUGAUCCGUUCACGACCAACAGGACGGAUAUCAAUACUGCUGAGAGAUCUGAGAAGGACGUUCUACGACUGACUUUCGAGUACGAUGGACAGCGUUAUCGCGUUGACACUCGUACGACUAGACAAUCUCAGGAACUCAUUCCACUUUGUCCGGAUCCAAGGAAGCAGUACACGGCCAUCUGGAUUGACAAGGAUAGUUAUCUAGCUAUCUACUCUUCUGCAAAUAUGAAUUGCUGGAUGAAGGAGAUGGCUGAUGCUACACCAUUGUCUGGUCUCUCUAUCCCGGGCACACACAACAGUCCCACUCACCACAAAGCCUUACCCUCGGUCCGAUGCCAGGCAGUGUCUCCGAAAGAGCAGCUGCGCAAUGGAGUACGCUUCUUUGAUAUCAGAGUCCAGCCCCAGAACCCUGGUGAUGCAAACAGUGAUGCACUGGCUCUCGUACAUGGCGUCUUCCCCAUCUCACUCACAGGGACGAAGCCUUUCCGCAAGCUCGUUGACGAUAUUCACGAGUUUCUGCGCGAGAAUCCCUCAGAAACACUAAUCAUGAGUCUGAAGCGUGAGGGACCUGGUGAACACACGGACGAACAGCUCUCCACCAUUGUCAAGCAACACUAUGCCAACGACAAUAAUCUCUGGUUCACUGAGCCUCGCGUGCCCUCUCUGGGUGAGGCACGCGGCAAGAUCGUUCUCAUGCGUCGCUUCGCACUUGCCGAGCCAUUGACACAUGAAUGGGAAGGUAGAGGAUGGUGUCUCGACGCCCAGAAUUGGGCUUACAAUACACCAUGCGACAACCAUGGUUCAGUGUGCGUACAAGACUUCUGCGAGGUUCUCGAAACCGAAAACAUCGAUAAAAAGAUCGGCUUCUGCUGCGAGCACUUUGAGCGUGCUGGUGCUCAGGUUUGCCCUGUACCUGGCAUCACUACUGAUGCUAUCAAUCCUGUACCUCCUGGCCCGCUGUAUCUCAACUUCUUGUCUGCCAGUAACUUCUGGAAGGUCGGAUGUUGGCCAGAGCGUAUUGCUGCCAAGCUCAACCCUGCUGUCACUGAGUUCCUUUGCAUGAAGCAUGAAACUGCUGAGGGUGACAACAAGGGUGAUGGUGGCGUUGGUAUUGUGGUGACUGAUUGGGUGGGCAAAGAUGGUGAUUGGGAUUUGAUCAGGUGCAUUGUCGGCAUGAACUCACGCUUGGAGCUCAGAGAAAAGCAGUAGAUGAUGACGAGUCUAUGAGACACAUGAGGGUUUUGAUUGUGUGGAAUGGAGUACUGAUAGAUUUUAGUAUAUCAAAAACCUGUUCUGGCAAGCUCCAGCCGAGAUGUUCUCUCUUUCCUUCCUGGUGGAGCAGAAGGCGUAUACGGAAAGUGUGUGUGUGCUUUCUUCUUGAAAUUGAUAGCCCAGAUGAUAGCACAACCUCUUUCCUUGCAGCUCACGCAUCGACAAAGACAUCGGAUCAACUAAUUCCG